GUCGUCCACGCAAGUCCAAAUCUGGGGUGGAGGAGUCUGUCUCAGACUCUCAGUAAAGUUUAAGUUUAGGCAGCUGAGCCUGAGAGCCCAGUCAUAUAUUGCCAUCUCCCAGAUUCGUUGACUGUUUAAAUCUCGCCGGCAGAAAAUGCUAAAUCCUCUCCGGCGUUGAAAGGGCAAAAGAAAUACUGCGCGGACUAUCAGGGGGGAAGACGACGAUGUCGCCGCCGGCUUCUCCAUGGUGGCGCACGGCAGUUUCCGUUAUCGUCUUGUCUUUCCUCUUCAUCUCUCCGGGCACCGCCAUCUACUGCGAUGAAGACGAUUGCUACGAUUUACUCGGGGUCACUCAGAGCGCCACUGUGUCCGAAUUAAAGAAGGCUUACUACAAGCUCUCGCUGAAACAUCACCCGGAUAAGAACCCUGAUCCAGAAUCGAAGAAGCUCUUUGUGAAAAUCGCAAAUGCCUAUGAGAUUCUGAAAGACGAAGCUACAAGGGAGCAGUAUGAUUAUGCAAUUGCACAUCCGGAGGAGGUUUUCUACAACACUGCUCGGUACUAUCAUGCUUAUUAUGGUCACAAAACGGAUCCUCGCAUAGUCUUGGUCGGGCUUCUUCUACUGCUCUCAGGGUUUCAGUAUCUGAAUCAGAAGUCUAGGUACCAGCAGGCAGUUGAAAUGGUGAAGAAGACACCCGCUUACAAGAACAAGCUACGAGCUUUGGAACUUGAACGUAGUGGAGGGCUUUCAUCUAAGAAGAAGAAUAACAGGCAGAUGGACAAAAAAGUAGAGGAAGAUCUCAGCAAUGAGCUUCAGCUGGACAUAAAAGGUGCUCAUCAACCCUGCAUCUGGGAACUUAUAGGUGUCCAAUUUGUCCUUCUACCUUACACCCUUGGGAAGUUGUUGCUGUGGAAUGGCUGUUGGUUAUGGAGAUACAAGGUGAAGAAAGCUCCAUAUGCUUGGGAAGAUGCUUCUUAUCUAACUCGUAGGUCGCUGAGAGUGCCUCUUGAACAAUGGGGAAGCAUCGAUGAAUCGACAAAGGAAGAUCUUGUUCAACGACGUCUGUGGGAGAAGUCGAAUUUCGAGAGCUACGUAGCUGAAAUGCGCAAGGACUCGAAGCGCAGGAGAUGAACAUCAAUGUUGUAGUAGCUUGCUUUAUUUAUCUCUUCCAUUGGAGGGCUGACAAACCAGCUGACAGCACACACAAAAUUUUGUUAGUCAGAUACAGUAUACAUACACGAGCAUGAAGCAUACUGUAACUAAGAUACUGCUGAGUGAGUCCAUUUGUACUGCUACGGAAAUUUCACUUCCUAGUUAUUUCAUUACUUCAACUUACAAGGGAUUCUGAACUCCAAAACUAUAUAGUCAUUAGUAUGUGAGACCAAUGAGUUACAUCUCAUGUUCAGUUAUCAGUCUUGAUGAUUCUUUUUGCUGAUGUUCUUUGGCCUGUCUAAUGACAAAUUGGAGUAUUGCAGAGAUCUAUAACGCGGGCAGUGAAUUUGUUUGUCCUUUUUACAGGGACAAGUCCGAGCCAGAGUUGAAUGAUUGUGAUAUGUCGUAUGUAUGAGACGAGUGAAAAUGAGUGUUUAUGAUGUGCUCUCGUUUUUUGUGAAUUUUAUCUGUUUGAUUUCCUAUCGAACUAUCAAUUCGUCACAUAUAGUGUUACAUGCAGACUCGAAGAAUGAAGUCAUUUUUCAUGGAUAUCUAUCUGAUUAUCGACCUUAUUAUUAUUAACUGAUAAAACGAGGUGAUCAGC